AGAAGGCUCCUUCGCGUAGCGGCGCGCCAACCGCAGGCGCCCUGUCUGCCGACCUCACGGGCUAUUUAAAGGUACGCGCCGCAGCCAAGGCCGCACCGUACUGGGCGGGGGUCUGGGGAGCGCGGCAGCCAUGGCCGGCCAUCUCGUGCUCAACAACGGCGCCAAGAUGCCCAUCCUGGGGUUGGGUACCUGGAAGUCCCCUCCAGGGCAGGUGACUGAGGCCGUGAAGGUGGCCAUUGACGUUGGGUACCGCCACAUCGACUGUGCCCAUGUGUACCAGAAUGAGAAUGAGGUGGGGGUGGCCAUUCAGGAGAAGCUCAGGGAGCAGGUGGUGAAGCGUGAGGAGCUCUUCAUCGUCAGCAAGCUGUGGUGCACGUACCAUGAGAAGGGCCUGGUGAAAGGAGCCUGCCAGAAGACACUCAGCGACCUGAAGCUGGACUACCUGGACCUCUACCUUAUUCACUGGCCGACUGGCUUUAAGCCUGGGAAGGAAUUUUUUCCAUUGGAUGAGUCGGGCAAUGUGGUUCCCAGUGACACCAACAUUCUGGACACGUGGGCGGCCAUGGAAGAGCUGGUGGAUGAAGGGCUGGUGAAAGCUAUUGGCAUCUCCAACUUCAACCAUCUCCAGGUGGAGACGAUCUUAAACAAACCUGGCUUAAAGUAUAAGCCUGCAGUUAACCAGAUUGAGUGCCACCCAUACCUCACUCAGGAGAAGUUAAUCCAGUACUGCCAGUCCAAAGGCAUCGUGGUGACCGCCUACAGCCCCCUUGGCUCUCCUGACAGGCCCUGGGCCAAGCCCGAGGACCCUUCCCUCCUGGAGGAUCCCAGAAUCAAGGCAAUCGCAGCCAAGCACAAUAAAACUACAGCCCAGGUCCUGAUCCGGUUCCCCAUGCAGAGGAACUUGGUGGUGAUCCCCAAGUCUGUGACACCAGAACGCAUUGCUGAGAACUUUAAGGUCUUUGACUUUGAACUGAGCAGCCAGGAUAUGACCACCUUACUCAGCUACAACAGGAACUGGAGGGUCUGUGCCUUGUUGAGUUGUACCUCCCACAAGGAUUACCCCUUCCAUGAAGAGUUUUGAAGCUGUGGAUGCCUGCUCGUCCCUAAAAGUGACCUAUACCUGUGUUUCCUGCCUCAUUUUUUUCCUUGCAAAUGUAGUAUGGCCUGUGUCACUCAGCAGUAGGACAGCAACCUGUAGAGUGGCCAGCGAGGGCGUGUCUAGCUUGCUGUUGGAUCUCAAGAGCCCUGUCAGUAGAGUAGGAGUCUCUUCCAGUUUGCUUUGCCCUUCUUUCUACCCUGCUGGAGAAAGUACAACCUGAAUACCCUUUUCUGACCAAAGAGAAGCAAAAUCUACCAGGUUAAAAUAGUGCCACUAACAGUUGAGUUUUGACUGCUUGGAACUGUAAUUCUUUCAGCAAGACUUCUCUUUGCCUCAAAUAAAAAGUGCUUUUGUGAG